AUGACCCAGCUCAUCGCAGCUUUGGUUAUCGCUUUAAUCGCCAGCGCUGUAUUGGUCAUGGCAGAGGCGAAUGCAUUCAAGGGAACUGGUGAUCGUUUGUUGACAGAUUCUGAAUCUGCUGCAUCGCUGGGUAGGCGAUCUCUUAGCAUAUCCGGGACACAAGUCGACAGUGAGAGGAGAAGCUUCGAUAAGCUUGCGAAGCUGUACAAAAAGAAGAAGGUCGUUGACGAUGUCUUCAAAGUGCUGAACCUGAACACCGCAUUGGAUGAUCUUCUUACCCACGCGAAUUGGGGUACCUGGUUAAGAUACGUGGAUGAUGUGAAUAGUGUGCAUCCAGAUGACCAUCGCAAAGGAGAAGUGCUGCUAGAUACGCUGUUGAAGCACUACGAUGACCAGUCUCUUUUACAGAAGCUCGCCAAAGCGAAGGAGUCACAGAAUACGGGGGUUAUUGCGACCGCGUUGGAGUCGCAAUUGAAGAAAAGGAUUAGUGAUCAGAUGGUGAAAUUGGUGGGCUGGAAGAAUAAAAACCUGGGCCCCGACGACAUCUCCACAGCGUUUCCUGUCAAAGAAUAUUCUGAAUUGGACGACAUCGUGGGGAGCAUCUACUGGGGCACUUGGGUCAAAUACGUGGACAACAUCGCCCCAGAUGCAGACAAGGUUUCUUUGAUCUUGAAUCCACUGAUGCUUCGCUUCAAAGAUAAUUUUUUUGAGAUCGUGAAAACGAUUGCUACAUUCCACUCCGAUGCCAGGUAUAAGUAUCUGGAGGAUCUAUUAUUCACAAAAUGGCUGGCACCUUUUCCAAAUGCGGCCUCUGUAAGGGUGGAGAAAGUUAAACGAAUUUUCGCCCGUGAGCAACAGACCGAUGAAAUUAAGAGUUUCAUGGCAAGAUACGCUAUCGAAUACAGAAAGAGGGGCAGAACAGAAUCCAAGAUUUUGAGUACGAUGGAAGACGCAGCGAAGCGUUCGAAGACAUUGUAA